CUGCACCGCCUGAUCCUCGACCUUGUGCUUCGGAAGCGCCUGUACUCCUAUCUCACUUCCAUCAGCUUUUGCCUCUCUGUCUGACUUCGAUACCUGUUCGCUUCUCUUCGCUUCGUCCUCCAUCUCUGUCCCGCUCAUUGGCCACUCAUGUCUCCCCGAGCACCCGGCACGCCCGACAGCCGCACCGGACUCACCGAGGAAGAGGGAUCUUACGAUACGCUCCAGGGAAGUUGGGAGCAGAACAAGAAUGAGCCAGCUGGCAGUGUCUGGGCCAGGGCUCUUCGACUGCUUAGAGCAUACGCGGGAGACUGGAUCCUGACGAUUCUGCUGGCUGGCACUCUCUGGUCUCUCAAUCGAGCUUACGGAUUCAGAAGCCCAUUUUCCCUAGACGACAAGAGCAUCCAAUACAGACACAUACCAAACGAGAGAGUGCCUACCGCUCUCCUGAUAGCUUGCGCUUUCGUGGUUCCGGUCAUGCUACAAGCCACUGUCUCUCUUGGUCUCAGCAGACUCGAUUGGUACGACUUCCACCAGUCUGCUCUUGGACUUCUCCUCACCCAUGGUAUCACUCUGACGGUCACUACUUGUGUCAAGAUCUCGGUGGGUCGGACUCGCCCCGAUUUCAUCGACCGCUGCCAACCCCCCGUGGGAGCCGUUGACCCCGUUCCUUACGGACUCAAUAGCGAAGCGAUCUGCACCACAUCUCUCGACUCAGCCCUCAUCAAGGAUGGAUUCCGCAGCUUUCCAUCGGGCCAUAGUUCCGCGGCCUUUGCAGGUCUAACGUUCCUGACCUGGUUUUUGGCUGGACACUUCCACCUCUUUGGGGAUCGAGCUCGCGUAUGGGUCUCGUGGAUCGUCGCUACGCCACCUCUGGGUGCUUGUCUGAUUGCCAUUUCGCGCCUGAUGGACAAUCGACACCAUCCCACCGAUGUCAUUGCCGGAGCGAUACUAGGAGCGGUCGUAGCGAGCAGCAUCUACCAUCAGUACUACCCUCCACUGUGGGCAGGCGAUGGGCACAGACCGUACAAGCCAUCUGCUCCUCCCAGUAGCCUGGUGAUGACGCCGGCAGAGCGUGAGCAUUUCCUGCGAGGAUGCGACAAUGCAGCGGGCGAUCUCGAAAGCGGAAGGGCUGGAGAUGGAGAGGCCAGUGGCCGCCACACGUCCACCGCUGUCUAAAGAAGCGGUACAGGCUACCUCUGCUUUUGUAUAUUACUUUGUGUCUGUUUGAACGCUCCUUCUUGAAGUUGACCAAGCGCUUAGCAUCUAGCAGUUGUAACAGAGGUCCGGCGGUCUGGAGGCGGGUAGGCCGCGCGUGUUCGCUAGUCAUCUGUUUCCCCCUUGCGUCGUUGAUGUUCUCUCCCACAUACCCGGUGACUGGUAGUUGCCCAUUUGACAGUGCAGGCAAGGUCUUGCUGUUUCCGCACAAGAGAAGUCAUCAUCCCAUUGCUGUGC